AUUCACUAACUUUCCUCCAGUCGUCCUCCCCUCUCUCUCAUUUUCUCCAUUCGUGAGCUCCUCAAAGUACUCCUUACAUUCUCAACACAUACUCAGUCUCCCGGGGGGGCGUGUUUUUAAUCAGGCACUACGUUAAACAGCUAUGGCAAAGUAUGAGAGAGCAAGCGCAGGGGAGGAGAGGAAUUGGCAGGGUAGGAACACAGCGGAUAGUUUACUGAUAAUGUUUAGGUUAAUGUUUAGCCUGAGGACAGGCAGCUCAUGGCGGUGCGGCCUACUGUCCCUGCCGAGCACACUGAGGGUGCCGCCGCUCUCCGGGAACAACUCUAACAUGUCAUUAGAUUCCCACUGGCUUUCCCCUGCAGACCGGGAGCAGCUAUUGAUGGAGCUCAGGGCCACAGGGUGGAUGGAGGUGGAGGACCGUGAUGCUAUCUUCAAAGAGCUUCACUUUAAAACCUUUAUCAGGUGUGCAUUUGGCUUCAUGUCACGGGUGGCUCUGCAGGCAGAGAAGAUGAACCAUCACCCAGAGUGGUUCAAUGUUUAUAAUAAGGUCCAAAUUACACUGACUACGCAUGACUGUGGAGGACUCUCAAAACGGGACAUCAAAAUGGCCAAGUUUAUUGACAAAAUUGCACUUUCAAUGUAGGUUUUUUAAAAAUUUAGUCUGCACUCUGUCACAGCCUUUGUAGAUACCCUGAUUUUAAUUUCAGCUCUGCUCUGUCAAAAAACUAUUCCAUCACAAAAUAAAUGUAUUUGCUCUGUCA